AUGAGACCCCUUAGCAUCGGAUACCUCGAAUUCCUCUACACCUGCCGUUGGACUGUCUCUGGCCAAACAGUGAAAAUUUCCUAUAUUCCGUUCACGUCGCCGGAUGACGUUUUUGCCGUUUCAAUUCGGGUUUUGAAGUGGACAAGCCCUUUUCCAACCUACCUGCUCCCCGCUUCACCAAGGGAAAAUAAUGAACUACAACUGAUCAUGAUGAAUCGGGAUGAAAUUCUCUCCAUCGUCCCGCUGAUGCCACAUCCGAUCACUGAUUCGGCAUUCCCCAGUGUCAAUCUGUACGUACAGCUGCUGGAUGCGUACGACGAUUUUUCGAUCGCUUUCUAUGCGGGCUCAGAUACGGAUAAUGACGAGAAUUUACUCGUGCAAUUUAGUGAUCCCCAAAGUUUAACGCUCUAUUCCUCCGUCUUUUCAUGUAUAAUUAACGCCAGCCACGGCGACUUCUCGUUGGAAUUGCUCAUCUACAACGAAGCCCGGCAAAGAUUUAUUCGCCCAUCUCUGCUGACCAGCCCGUUAUACCCGUGGAAAUUUGACAAUUCAGAGCUAAUUGAUUUUUGUUUUGAGGACUCGGCGGAAUAUUUCCGCCUGGAGCAGGUGACUGUACAGAUAUUUCGUCUUGAAGGUGGAACGAUCGAGAUCAGGGGUGAUAAUGAUGAAUUGAUUGGAAACUACUCCCGUCUGGACUUGGGCAAGAAUAUACAACUGCUGCUCAGGGAUCUGAAGAUCCGCUACUGCCCGAAUCCAACGUCUACUGGUCGGCGAGGAUUUCUGGUAACACUUUCGACAGCACCAUAUGGCCCUUCGAACGUCCCGUGUACACUGACUUUUCCGUUGAGUCGAAAUGCCUCGAUGGUGAUGGUUCCGGAACAGUAUACGAUUAAUAUGGAUGACUACGACCUCAUUUGCGUCACGAUCCCAAAAGAGUCUCCGAUGCCGUUGACCAUCGAGACACGAUUCUGCGACAGCACCCAGAAGCAUCAAUUCGAGCUGGGAUAUAUGACGCACAAUGUGACCGAGUGUGGCUCCAGUUUCAAUUUAUCUAUCGGCGAUGAUCCAUUAUAUUGCUGUAUCCUCACUACCACACUAUCCCCUGAAGAAGUGUUGGGAUUCCGUACUAUUGGGAAUGGACUACCACGGCCUAGUCUCUUCUUUCAAAUUUUGGAAUAUGGUCCAGCCAACACCACCAUCGUGACGCUCAAUUUUAACCAUACAUCUGGAAUUGAAAAAUUUACGGUACCCGAAAAUGCGGAUAAUGAGACGCUAGUGUUCUUCUCGCAUCGCACGGAUACGGCCUAUGCCGAUAUGGGAUGUCCACAAUUGAUCGUCUACGGGAGUCGUCGGAAUGCACCUUGUGACUACGAACUCUACGCUGGGGCGUUGGGAAGGCACUUGGCAACCUUUAGUGACCAUGAAGCCGUAUUUCCGCAACUUGUCACAUCCGAGACGUAUUCGAUCAAGAUACCGCCGUCCUGCUCUCCGACGAUAGCACUGCGGCUGGCUUCCGAUUCUCCCAAUGGAGUCCACCUGCCCGGGUACGGUAUAGCCACCGUAACCGCUCCAGGUUACGGGGAUCCGAUGCACUCGCGAUAUUACGGUAUUAUGGAGAUAAAGUGUUCGUGGCAUAAUGCGCAUGGCGAGAAGUUUUUCUUAAAACUGGAGGUGGUAGAAGUUCUGACUGGUAGCUUGAUGAUCAGUAUCUCUGAUGGAACGGCUACUGGAAGCACCGAGCUCUCCUUCGACACAUCGUACACCAAAAACGGCACUUGGUGGAGCUUUGAAAGUCCGGCGUGCAUAAAUAUAAGUUGGACAAACUCUCUGCUGAUCCCACUCGGAGUACCGACUGGAUUCUUGGCACAUUUCGAAUUUGCUCGACGUCGGGAUGUUGGUGUUACAACAACUGCCGUCACCACCAAGUCUCGAGCUGGAAGCUAUCACUAUUUGCAUCAUCUAUUAUUGCUUCGACGACCUGAUCUGCGUGACAAUCCGACCGGAUUCUCCGUCAGCGUUGACUAUCGAGACUCGCAUCUGCGACAAAUCACAGAGCCAACAAUUCAAGUUGGGAAACCCAACACCAACCUGAUGACCGCGACUUUUGCCUCAAUAAUCGACGUGGGAAAGCUCACGGUGCCGGCAAAUGUUGAGAACGAGACGCUUGUGCUCCUUUCGCACCAAACGAAUGCCGAAUGCGUCAAUAUGACGUGCUCUCAACUCCUGGUCUACGGUGACCAUCAAUCCGUAUUCCCGCAAAUCAUCACUUCCGAGGUGUACACGAUAAGAGUUCCGCGGAACUGUUCACCAACGAUAGCUCUCCAGCCACCUGGUAGCAAUGAUAAAACGAACAUGAGCGAAACGAAAUGCGAGGUUCAAGUCAUCAUACAAGUCUGCAGAAGAACUUCUACCGGACUACUUCUACCGGGAUACGGCAGUGCCGCGGUGACGGCCCCCGGAUAUGGUGACCCAAUGCACAUCGCCUACAACGGACAAAUGACCGUCGGAUUUGCGUGGAUUAACGCGCACAACGAGACCUUUGACGUGCAAAUCGACGUCGUUGAAGUGUUGGCGGGGGAGCUGAUGAUCAGCUUCCACGAAGCGGCGAGACAAACUGAG